UGCCCACCGGGCAGGAAUUUUCUUCUUCAUCUCGCCGGAGACUGUCGCUGGUCACACGUACUUAGGGAAUCUGAAUUUUGGAAAAUGGCAGAUAAUAAUAAUGAGGGGGAGGAAACUUCUACCCGUGGAAAUGAGUGGGAAGUUGUGUCACUCACGGCCUCAACGUACGCUGCUGCUCCUAAUCAAGAAAGAUUUGAAUCAAACGAUGAUAGGGACCAUGAGUUUGUGGAAGAUGAGGAAACCUCUCGUGCGAUGUUCAUGUCUGAUCACUUCGUGUUUCCACCUAGCCAGCAUGAGAAUCUCCCUCUGGAUGCAGAUAACAGUGAAAUUGAUAAUGAAACCAGAGACAUGUCUUUGGGUUCAAACAGGGUGCCUGGAUUGGAUAUGGAGGAAGGGGACAGAUCCAACAAGGAAAACGAUGAAAAUUGGGAGAUCAAAAGAUUGACAGUGCCAGAGGAUUUACCCGGAAUACAGUUCUUUGAUGAAAAGGGUAAUAGGUUGUCUGUUCAUAGUACCGAGUUUGAAGAAGGGGCAGGUUUGCAAGGGCUGAAUCUGGUGGAUGAAGAGCAGAGUAUUUACAGUGCUUCUAAAUCCAGUUCUUUUCAUGGUGAAGCAAAUAUUAGUGGAUCAACUGUAUAUGAUGAUCACAAGGUUGUCGCUGAACCCAGUGAUCCUUCUCAGCAAAGCUUAAAUUCUUCAUCAGACCCAUCAAGGUCAAUGGGUCACGACAAAGGAGAUGAGUAUAGUGGGUGUGGCCCUCCUUGUGAAGCCUGGUGGAAGAGAAGGGCUGCUUCUUUUUAUGCUCAUGCAAAGGAGGCAAAUGCAUUUUGGUCUAUCUUUGUUGCUGCAACGUUUAUGGGCCUUGUAAUUAUUGGGCAGCGCUGGCAGCAAGAAAGGUGGCAGGUUCAGCAACUGAAGUGGCAAUUCAGCAUCAAUGACGAGAAGAUGAACCGGAUACUAGGUCCCAUUUCUCGACUUAAAGAUGUGAUUGUGGGCGGCCAUCGCCGAGGUUCUGCUAUCAGAGACGGCGCCAAGCUUUAGAAGAUGAUGACGAAAAAUUGUAGAGUGCGAAAGAGUGAGGGAAGGGUAGGUUUUAUUUUUCUUUAUGUCACAGGAAAGGUGAUAUGUUAUUUGCAAGUUUGGAGACUCGGGUGCUAAGAACUAUUUGGCUUUGAUUAUUUAUUUUAGUUUUUUUAUGAGGUAUCUUGAGUUUUUGACUUGUCAUUGCUGUCAUCCAAGAGGAGUCCUAAGCUGUUGGAAUUAAAUUGGGGGCAAAUGUUUUUAAGGUAUCAUCAAAGCACACCCCAUGGCAACGGUGUUGUUUCAAACAG